ACAAGUUAAACGAGUGAGGUGGCAUUCAUCCGGUUCCUGCUUCUAGCAACACAGCAAAAGAUAUAUUGUACAACAAGCGUUUGCUCUGUCACUAUAGCCUAGCCAACUAUUGUGCAGAAUGAGAUAUGCUUGCAUCAUAGCCUAUAGACUACCCUGCGUUUAUUCAGACUUCAAUAAGCGGCAAGUAGCCUAAAGCCCAGGGCUGAGAGGAAACAGGCUAUCGAGAGGCAGGACUACGCUGGAAUAACCCCUGCAGUCUCACCCAUGCUUCCUCCCGAAUAGCCUUCUUCUCCAGCUGUUUUACACUGUCCCCACUACUGUUUUGACGUUAUUUAUUUUUUUCUGCAAAGGAAAGAACCGAACCAUGGAACUUCUUUGCUUCGAGGACAAAGUCGUGCUUGCCCAAAUUGACCCCAACAUUCUCUAUGACGACAGAGUAUUGCAAAGUCUGCUAACCAUAGAAGACAGGUUUCUACCGCAAUGUUCGUACUUUAAAUGUGUCCAGAAGGACAUUCAGCCACAUAUGAGGCGAAUGGUUGCAGGAUGGAUGCACGAGGUUUGUGAAGAGGAGAAGAGUGAGGAAGACGUUUUCCCCUUGGCUAUUAAUUAUUUGGACAGAUUCUUAGCGGUGGCGCCCACUAGAAAAUGUUAUUUGCAACUUCUAGGAGCUGUAUGCAUGCUCCUUGCAACAAAGUUAAAGGAGAGUCGUCCAUUAACUGCAGAAAAGCUGUGCAUGUACACAGACAACUCCAUCACACCAAGGGAGCUGCUGGAGUGGGAGUUGGUGGUCCUAGGGAAGUUGAAGUGGAACAUGGCGGCAGUCAUCCCAAACGACUUUGUGGAUCACAUCCUGCACAGACUGCCCCUGCCCAAAGAUAAGCUAUCUGUGGUCCGCAAGCACACACAGACAUUCAUUGCCCUGUGUGCCACAGAUUUCAGCUUCGCUAUGAACCCCCCCUCCAUGAUCGCUACGGGCAGCGUGGGGGCGGCCAUCUGCGGCCUGCAGCUGGACCAAUCAGACCAGGCCCUGAGUCGAGACCGUCUGACUGACCUGCUGGCCAAGAUCACCAACACAGAGGUGGACUGUCUGAAGGCUUGUCAGGAGCAGAUAGAGAGGGUGUUGGCCAGUAGCCUGCAGCAGGAGCAACAGCAGCAGAGGCAGAUGGCCCAAGGCAGACCGGGCAGCAAGGCCAUGGAGCAGCAAGACCAAUCAAGAACCUCAACAGACGUUUCCAGCACCCCAACAGACGUACGUGACGUCAACCUAUGAGCCCCCCACCACCACCACCACCACCAUCUACAAGAGUGACGCCCACCAGCGAGCUCCCAACAAUUGCGUCGCUCUGUCAAUCUAUGGGAUCUAACAACAUUCGCAAUGUCAAGCAAUGAGCUGCCAGCACAUACGCCAAGUCAACCAAUGAACUCCCACCACUAAAUGUCACGCCAACCUACGAGUUCCCACCCUUGUUUGUUAAGUCAACCUGUGAGGUCCCACAAAGUUUGGGUUGGCAAUCUAUGAGCUGUCAACAGCAUUAUGCUGGAAUGAUCAACUGAUAAGAACUUUUACAAACAAUAUAGAGAAUAGGUCAAAAACAAACAAAAAAAUGGGUGGCUCCCAUCUAUAUUUAGCUGGUCACGUAUUGACAUAUGUGCCAUACUGAAUUAAACAAGCUCUUUUAGACCCAAUGUAUUUGAAAACGUGAUAGUGCCUUAGGUUUGCAGAAAGGAAACUUGAAUAGAUUUGCAUCAUUGAAUUAUUAAACAUAGAAAUAUUAGUUUUUUUUACUUGAUAAAAAUAGAAUGUAGUUUUUCACUCUAAAAAAGAUAGCAAACACAUUUAUUAUUCAUAUUAUUGUAUUUUAAUUAUUGUUAUUCUAGAUAUUGUUAUCAUUAUUUCAAUAUAAUUUAGUUUUAUGAUUAUUAUAAUAAUUGUUAAUCAUUAGUAAGCAUUUAUCAAUUUCACAGUGGCUGGGUGUUUCCCUCAAUUUCAAAUACAGGAAGCCCCGGUACUGUGUGCAUUACAUUAAGUACUGGUUUGGUUCUGCACAGUGUUCAUACACCUUUAUUUAGGAGAAGCUAAUGUACAGGAUGAAGAGAGCGGUAUCUCCUGCCUGCUUAGCUCUGCAUCUGUAGCAAUGCUUCCUAUUUAUGCUCUUAUAUGCUAGCCAGGAGAGGGCUGGGCCCACUCACACAGAACACAAACGGAGCGAGAGGGGGUAGAGAGACACAGGUAAAGAGUCCUGAGGGUGUGUAUAUACUGCCCCCUAAGGGUGAGAGCAAGGACAUAACAACUAUCAGCUGUUAAGGUCUUGAUUUCAUUGCCAAGUUAAUACCAAGCCAAUAUUUACUUUCUAAUUGAACAAAGCUAUUUUUGUUGUUAUAUGUUAUUGGGUUGUGUGCUCUGAGAAACUCCUGCACGUUAUUAGAACAUUAUUGAGGAUCAUAUAUACCUUUUUAUACCAGGGAGCCCUGUUUUAAGACUGCCAGUAAAGUUGGGGUGAAAGCAUGUUUUUGUUCUGGGUCAGACAAAGCCAAUACUAGAGAAAGGGAGACGGCAUGUUGGAGGGAUGGUCUUAGUCUGGAGAUGAGAAUGAAACUACAGUUGUUUGUUAGUGUCAGAUGGAUUGUUAAAAAAGUUUUGUAGAGUUGGAGUGUGGAACAUUUAGAGCAGUGAAAGUUUGGCAAAAGUGGAGAGUGAGAGGAGUUGGCUAAAAAACGGAGGUUUUGAGAAUGGAACUAGAGACGGCACGAUUGGUGCCAUGAAAUGAAGGACUUGCAAACAGUUCAAAUGAGGGGGAAAUGGAUGAAGACAUGGUAGGAAGCUCUUGUGGCACACCAGAACAAGCCUGUUCUUGAUUGGAAGGGCUGCAGGCGGUUUUCAUUCUGAUAGGUCAAGAGUUGAUCACGAGGGAGCAGUUUGGUGUGCUGGAACAUUUCCUGUAAGGGCCUCCUGUUAAAUCCAACUAGAUGUUUAAGUCAUGGUCAAAGACUUGGAUCAACCUAAAUGCACUUUUAAAAAGAUGUUCCUUAAAAGCUGAAGGGGAUGGUGAUCAAAUGGGGUAGGUGGGUUUUCUAAUGUUUUAUUUUUUUAUAAUUUUAUUUUUUAAUUUUAAGUUAUUUGAUAUUCUCUGGGCUGGAUCCCCACUUCGGGUGAUGCACAAGGACUAGAAGGAAUUUCCUGACCAAUGAGUAGGAGAAGGGUUUACCAACAUGGAACCAAAUCAAUUGCAAUGCAAACCUAGGAAAGCAUUAAAAAUCACAUCUAGACUUGAUUAUUUGAUUACAUCCAUUUAACUUGAAUUUUAUUUUUGCCUGCUUCAUAUCCAAAUCAAUAUGAUGGUCCUAAGAAAGGAUUACACAAUGUUUUUUUCUGGUUCAUAGUUUUUUUUGUAUUUUGUUUUGCUCCACAGUUCAGCUUGUUUUUCAGAGAGGAAAGAAAUAACAUACGGACUUUAAACCUAUAGGCAGAAAACUUUGCUCUUUACUUUUGGCAACCACGUUCACCAAUGCAGAAAGUAUUUAAAACCUAUUUUCUUUCUCAUGAAACGCAAUUUGCUAUAAACUGAGAAAAGAUAUGGGUAAGCAUUUAAAGUUUUGUUUGUGUUAAUUACUUAAAUUAAUUGAGUGAUUUAAGUGAUGAAAGACUAAAUGGAUCUGUUUAUCUUUAUCUUUUUCUUGCUGCUAUUAAGCCUGUUGUUUUUCAAUCUUAAAAUUGUGAUAUUCACUUGUGCUGCUAAAUUAUGAAUUUUAAAGUAUCCUAUUUCCUUGCUUUUUCCUUGCUGUAUGUAAACUGGUGAGUGGUAAAGUGGGACACGUCUUUGACUGGAAGUACCUUCUGCAGUUUUCUAAAAUAGCAUGUUUUACUCUUUCCAUUUAUCUGGUGUUCUGUUGUUUCCUUGCUGCAUUCUACCAUUGAAAUGUUGUUGCACCUCAGGUUCAUUGGACAAUACCUCACAACUCAGCAGUUUUUCAGGGAGUUAGUGGAAUCAAAUCUGACUCUGAUGCGUUUUGAUAGGUUCUAGAUUUUUUUCAUCCAGGAGAUUCACGUGGCACCUCCUCUCUUCAGACAACAGAAGUUCCUUGUCUUCCGUCAGAUUACACUGAUCUGUCGUUGGCCAAGUAAAGGACCAAAUACCAGGUAUUUCAUAUACCUAGUGCUAAAUAAGAGACGGCUAUAUAAAAUGUAUUUGGAAAACAAACAAAAUAUAUUUUGUAUCUUAUUUUUCCUACUUAUGAGUUACAACCUAAUUGGCACAUUUAGGGUCAGUGUAUUGGAUUAAGUGGAAUGCAUUUUGUGAGGUACCCAUUUAGUGAGUUUUUUUUUAUAUGAUCAAAAAAUGUUUGUGGAAAACUGGGAUUCCAGUUUGUUUUGACCCCAACCACAUGUACCUCAGAAGUGUCUGAUCCAUAACUUCUGUUCAAUAAAUUUGACCCACAAAAAAAAGUGAAGCAUCUUUACUGGCUAGUAAUGUACUUCUGUGCUGGUUAAGGGAAGGUUAACCUCAUCCCCAGGCUCAAAUUGCUGGUGUAUAGAGAGCCAGCUGGUGGAUGAGAUAAAGGGAAGGUGAAAUGUGUAGAGUGAUUGGGUUGGUGGUGGUGUACUGUGCAGGUAAGUAACUAUGCAGGCCCAUAUGAAGGUAAGUUAAAGCUUGAAGGGUGGGCUUCUCAUUUGAUUUGAAGAUAUGCUGCACCAAAAUAGUAUUUUGUGUCUGCAGCUAUAGGCUUAUCUGACCUAGUGGCUGUGGGUUCAAACUUCUUAUGGGGUGGGCUCCUUACGCCAGAACCAGAGACUCCUUCAAACUUUCUUCUUUGUAAUUUUGACAAUGAGAGUUGCAAAAAUGUAUACAAUAGCACACAUAGAUGAUAUUAAACCCGCAACCUCUUGGCUGUAAGUCAGUGCUAUGACUAUUAAACCACCAAGUCUGUACCCCUUUCCUGCAGACAAAUGACCAAGUGGCCUCGAGUGGAAUCGUAUUCAUAUUUUACACCACAAAAUCUGGUGUUUAUGUAAAACUGUUUUGCUAUAUUUCAGUCUUCUGUGAUGUAUAUAAAGUGUAAUAUUGGGAUGCAGACAAAAAAUGUAUACAUUUCAACUCUGCAUUCUGAUAUGGUACUGUUUUUCUUUUUUUUAAAUAACCAUGUGUGUGAGGUGUAUACUUUUGUUUCAAACUAGAUUUGUUUAAGAUUACCAAGAAACACUGCGUGACCCUGAUACUGCCCACUGCAGUAAAAAAAAUAAUGCUUCUUCCUCUCUAUGUUUGACAUUAAGAGUUGCAGAAAUCCACACUGAAAUGUAAGAGUAGAGGAUAAAACCUUAAACCCUCAGGUGCAAGGUAUGGUUUUAACCUCUGAGCCACAGACUUUUUCACACUUUUUAUACUCCUUGUAAUUUUGACAUGGUGAGAAGCAGAAACACGCGCACACACAAUAUGAUAUUUGAACCUACAAAUUCUUG